AUGCCAACCACAACAACUAUCUUAUUGCUCUCAAUAAUAAUACUCCUCUGUUUUCCGGGUACAAUAAAACCCGAAAACCCGUGCCCGUAUCCAUGUUACCCACCACCAACCGGAAGUGGAACCGUCACUCCAACAACUCCUUCAAUUUCAACAACACCACCACAAUCUGGAUUACCAUACCCACCACCUUCUGGUAAUUACCCUUAUAAUCCAACACCAUCUUAUGGCGGCGGCGUUGACGGAGGCAACAACAACAACAACGGUGGUGUUUAUGGCGCUCCACCACCACCGGAUCCGAUUCUACCUUACUAUCCAUACUACUACAAAAACCCUCCCAACAAACCUGAAGACUCUUCAGCAUCAUCAAUCACUGUGGAGAAUAAAUUAAUUGGGAUGAUUUUCACUACUUGUCUUUUAUUUUUAAUUCUUUGUUUUGUAUAA